AUCAGACCAGAAGCCGAGAAUCUCCCGUCCUUUACUCGACAGCUCAUCACCCUCCCGAGAGUACUCCAGCGAACCAGCAAACUUGUAGUGCGGGAAAGAGGGGAGGUAGGCUGCUCAAUGUACCGGUGUCGGCCACUACCGCUGCUGCAGACUAGACUUCCGGUCAUGAUACCCCGCGCUCCUGGCCGGUUAUCUCUGAUCUCUCAGCACCUCGCCGGCAGCAGAUCAACAACCAGCAGUUCAUAUAAUACCUCCUCACACUCUCCGACCCAGCCAGCAGGCCUGACACCCCUUCAACAACAUCGCAGGCUCUCCACAAGCGCAGCACUAGACCUAGCCAACACCAUGUCUUCCCAGCCAGAACACCCAACACUGCUCAUCCCAGGGCCCAUCGAGUUUGAUGAUGCCGUGCUGCAGUCCAUGAGCCACUACAGCGAGAGCCAUGUCGGCCCUGGGUUUGUUUCCACCUUUGGCGACACCCUGUCGAUGCUUCGGAAGCUCUUCCAGACGACAGACCCGGCUUCUCAGCCCUUUGUCAUCUCUGGCUCCGGCACGCUCGGCUGGGACCUCGUCGCCGCCAACCUGGUCGAGCCUAGCGAGGAGGUUCUGGUCCUCACUACUGGCUACUUUGGCGACUCGUUCGCCGACUGCUUCAGGGCCUACGGUGCGAAUGUCACCCAGCUCAAGGCCCCCGUUGGCUCGAGGCCCCAGCUCCCAGAGAUCGAGAAGGCCCUGAAGGAGAAGAAGUACAAGGUCAUCACAGUCACGCACGUCGACACCUCCACGGGCGUGCUGAGUGAGAUCGAGCAGCUCUCUGCUCUGGUCCAGAAGGUUUCCCCCGAGACUCUGCUCAUUGUCGACGGUGUCUGCUCUGUAGCCGGAGAGAACAUCGAGUUCGACAACUGGAAAAUCGAUGGCGUCGUGUCGGCCUCACAGAAAGCCAUCGGUGUCCCCGCCGGGCUCUCCAUCUCCAUGUUCAGCGGUCGUGCCAUGCAGGUGCUGGAGCAGCGCAAGGCACCCAUCACGGCCUACUUUGCCUCAAUGAAUAACUGGAGACCCAUCAUGAAGAACUAUGAGGCAAAGAAACCCUCGUACUUUGCCACGCCAUCCCCGCAGCUGAUCCACGCCCUGGAGACGGCUCUUCAGCAGAUCCUGGCAGCCCCCAUCUCGGAACGCUUUGCCAAGCACGCCGAAGUCUCAGACAGGAUCAAGAAGGCUGUGACGGCACUGGGCCUCAAGCAGGUCGCCUCUAACCCAGAGGACCAGGCCCACACUAUGACUGCCAUCUAUCUGCCCGAGAAUGUGAAGGCAACAGAUAUCCUGCCUUCGCUCGCCAAGAAGAAUGUCGUCUUUGCCGGAGGCAUUCACAAGGAGAUUGCGCCCAAGUAUAUCCGUUUUGGACACAUGGGUGUCUCUGUGUUGGACCCCAAGAGAGGUGAUAUCGACCGUGCCAUCAAGGCCUUGGAAGACGGUCUGACAGAAUGCGGCUAUCAAAAGGCAUGAGAGCAUAGUAAUGCAUAAGUAGAAAGGGCGAGGUUGGUUGAGACAAAAGGCUAUCUGAAUCUGGAUGGGGUCUUGUUACACCAAGCAGGCCCAGCACACUUUUUUCUUUCUUUUUACCAGCAGACGAGUAAAAGAGUAGAGAAAAUGCGAUGUACAACAAAACAAAAAGAGGUUUGGUCUAUGCUAAAUAGAUAGAGUUGUCACGAAAAAAGCUCAAAGCCGUCCCAAGAC